UGUUAAAUUUAUUGGUGAACAACAAGCCUCUAUCAAAGAAAUUACAGAUGAUUUAAUAUCAAAAUGGAAAAGUCAACAUGGAAUUAAUUUAGCAAUAACGGCACGAUUUGGUCAUAUGCAUUCUCUUCUUGUUUUUGCCGAUGACUCACCAACAUUUGAAUCAUUAUUAGACCCUAACAGGUGGCCGAGAACUUUGAAAGAAGCAGAUUUAGAAGUAAAAGUUCCUCGACAAUCUCCACCUGAAUAUUCACUUAUUAUUCAACAAUUUCACCGCAAUUGGAAUGAAGACGAAUGGUUAACGGAAUUACAACACCGUUAUGUCUCUUUAUACAAACUUACGCGAAUGCGAGUAAAAGAUGGUUCAUUAUUAAAUGCAGUUCGAGCCGAUUUUAAAUCUAUAGAUGAAGUUAAAACUCUGAUUAGAUCGGGAAAAAUUAAUGUUGGUAGUAUGAUUCAUCCAGUAAAACCUUAUCAUUUACCAUUACGUAUUAAUAAAUGUUUAAAGUGUCUACGACAUGAUCAUACAACAAAAAGCUGUUCUCAACCUCGUUUAUGUCCAAGAUGUGCUGCAGAACAUUCUCUUGAACAUGGUUGUCCAAAUCAUGAAAGGUGCAUUAAUUGUGGUAGUGGUGAUCAUAUAUCCGGUCAUUCAGCAUGUCCAAUAGUACAAGAAAAACGUCGUGCUUUAGUGGAACAAGCAAAAAGAAAAAGAGCUGAACUACUAGUAUUAGCUGAACGUCAACAUCAUUAUAACUAUCAAGAACGUGAUUAUCCAGCAUUAAUAAAUCACAACUUAUCUCAUUCAUCUUCCCACAUAUCACAUCAACCCGUCGGAUCUUCUCAAAGAUCUUAUGCACAAGCAACCCUGAAUCAACGUGAACAAGCUCCUAAACAAAAUAUUGAACACGUCUUAUCGUCCUUUUUAGACAAAAUGGAACGUCGAUUAGAUGAAUUUUCAUCUCGUCUGUCAUCACAAUUAUGUGAUAUCGAAAAGAAAAUUAACGUCUAUUCUGAUCGUCAACUUGAAAUGGAAAAUAUUAUUAAUGAAUUAAUUCUUCCAUCUAUUCAAGAAUUAAGUCGCAUUGUGUCGCAAUCAUCCAAAAAUCGAAACAAGUUAUUACCACUUUUAUAUGAACUUUCGGAUCAUCAAAAACGUAUUGGAAUUGAAACAUUACAAGAAUGUUGCUGGACGUGGAAUUUUCAUGAUCUUUCUAAUUUCUGGCAACAACAUUAUCGUCAACCUGAAGUACCGACAACCUGUCUUUCAAUGUUGCAUUACAAUAUUCGUAAUUUCUAUUCAAAUCAAGUUGAUCUUAUUGAAAUGGUAAAUAUUCAUUCACCAACAAUAAUUUCUCUCAAUGAACUUGGUACCGUGGUCCCGAAGAAACUAAUCAAGCAACUUCUCUUUUCCUACAACGUAUAUAUAAAAGAAGGUACAAAUGCACAUGGUGGUGUUGUACUCGCUGUGAACAAUAGAUUAAAAUGUCAACUGAU